CCUACAAUUAAGCGGAUUACUCUACUUAUAGAAGUAUAUGUCAAAAAGAUGCAAAACUUCUUUCUGGUAACACUUUUGGCAAAUGACGAUGAAAUGAAUGAGACGAUUGUAAAUUUUGCUUUGUGCGGAGGCGAGUUUAUUUUCAUUUUCAUUUACGAUAAUUUUACAAUUUUUUGGGGUUUUAUAUUCGCAAAAUAUUGCAGUGAAAAGUUAAAAUUUAUGUCCUAAGUGAAUUGUACACAUUGAAUUUUGUUUUAAGAUAAUAUAAAAGGAUUGUGAAAGCCGUCAGCAAAUUGCUACCAUUAGUUGUCUGGGUCGUCUGGUCAAAGGCAAAAACGAUAGAUUAAGUGAAGUGGAAGGAAGUGCACGGAGGAAGAGUACAGUGAAAAGUAAGUGCUUAACUGAAAAACGACACAUAAGAGCACUUGUGUAAAACAGACACGGUCAAAAAGGAAAGAAAGAUAUCCAAAACCGAGCAAAUACUUGGAGUGAGAACUUUAGUGAAUGCAUGAAUAAGACAUUGAGGUAACGGGUACGACGUCAAUAACGACACGACAACGUCAAUAACGAUAGUGUGAGGCGGUGCAUUAAACGUCUCUAAAGGAAACAAAAAAAAAACAUAUCUAGCCGACUAAAGGAAGAGGCAAGAAAAGUAUCCAUCAGACGGCGACGACUCUGUUGCAGAACGGAAAGCACAAAAAAGUGUGAAAGGUCAGCAGACAGACGAAGAGGAGACAGCAAAUAAAGAAAUCGUGCAAAAUAGUAUACUCAGCCAGUAAGCAAAUCUCGUAAAUAAAUAUUUCAUACAUAAGUACAACGUAAAAUCAAAUCGGCAAAUUUUUGAAAAAAAUAAAUAAAUGUAUGCUAUUUUAAAUGCAUUAUUAUUAGAAGUAAUAUUGUAAAUUACUGUCGGACUAAGAAAACACUUUAACAGAGAUCUAAUUGUAAUAAUUAGAAAUUCAAUAAAAUCAGCUAAAGGAGGGAUUAAUCAAGGAUUGGUAAAGCUAGUGAACAAAGGAGUUCUGUUUUUGUUGUCCUUGUAAUUUUCAGUUGCCGCAAAGUUCAUCAGCAGACGGCAAUAUAUGCAUUAUAUUUCAUCUUCGAGACACUCUUAAAGUUUGACCAAAGCAUAUAUUAAAUAUUUGAAGCUUAAAAACUGAAGCAUUGUGCUUGCGUUUAAGUUGCGAUCAGCUGUAAUAGGAUCAUUUGUUGACUACUUGUCGACCGGCGCAAUCUUUUUUGCCACGUGCGAUGUUGCCAUUCACCCCACAGGUAGUUAAACGUUUGUUAGCACUCAAGAAGGGCAACGAAGACACGGUUGAGGGAAAGUGGUCGGAAAAAGCAGUAAAAAAUCUUGUUAAAAAAGUUAAAAAGAAUAUACAGCUUGAGGAAUUAGAACGUGCCAUAUCCACGCAGAAUUGUAAUACACGCUGCGUCACAGUACCGCGUAGCAAGCCAGGUGCUUCUGGCGAAAAUUUACGCAAAGGUCAACCACAUGUAAUAUAUUGCCGUGUAUGGCGCUGGCCGGAUUUACAAUCACAAAAUGAACUAAAAGCUUUGGAUCAUUGCGAAUACGCAUUUCAUUUGCGUAAAGACGAAAUUUGUAUUAAUCCAUAUCACUACAAAAAGAUUGAGUUAUCAAUUUUGGUGCCAAAAUCAUUGCCGACACCGCCAGAUUCCAUUACCGAUUAUCCUUUGGAUAAUCAUACCCAUCAAAUACCCAAUAAUACGGAAUAUAAUGCCACAACAAUACGCAGUGCUUCGCUGAGUCCACCACAGUACAUGGAGUUAUCAAGCCAUCAUCACCAACAGCAGCAGCAUUCGCCUGGGAGUCUUGUUGGUUUAGGUAUGAGUGCCGCACAACAGCAGCAGAUGAAUGGCUCACUUGUGGGAUCAGGCGCUUGCAACAUGGACUCACAGUCAAGUGUAUUAAGCGUAGGUAGCAGCAUUCCUAAUACGGGUACACCGCCGCCUGGCUACAUGAGCGAAGAUGGUGACCCGAUCGAUCCAAAUGACAAUAUGAAUAUGUCCAGGUUGACACCGCCAGUUGAUGCUAGUCCUGUAAUGUAUCAUGAGCCCGCUUUUUGGUGCUCAAUUUCAUACUAUGAAUUAAAUACACGUGUCGGUGAAACCUUUCAUGCUUCACAACCAUCCAUUACAGUUGACGGUUUCACUGAUCCGUCCAAUUCGGAGCGUUUCUGUCUCGGCUUACUUUCCAACGUAAAUCGCAAUGAGGUAGUUGAACAGACACGUCGUCACAUUGGCAAAGGUGUACGUCUAUACUAUAUCGGUGGCGAAGUAUUCGCCGAAUGCCUCAGUGAUUCGUCAAUAUUUGUACAGAGUCCGAAUUGCAAUCAACGCUAUGGUUGGCAUCCAGCCACUGUCUGCAAAAUACCACCCGGUUGUAAUCUGAAAAUCUUUAAUAAUCAAGAAUUUGCUGCAUUGCUUUCGCAAUCUGUUUCACAAGGUUUUGAGGCGGUAUAUCAAUUAACACGCAUGUGCACCAUACGUAUGUCGUUUGUAAAAGGUUGGGGUGCCGAAUAUCGCCGGCAAACGGUUACAUCGACACCGUGUUGGAUUGAAUUGCAUUUGAAUGGACCACUACAAUGGUUGGACCGUGUGCUAACGCAGAUGGGUUCACCACGUCUGCCAUGUAGCUCGAUGUCUUAAGCACAAAAAGAAGAAUGUUAGAUGCAGACGUGCAGGUAUGAUUGCUUAAAGUAUAUCAGUUUUUUCGAACUAGCAAAAGUUAUGUUUGUUUAACUCCUUCUUGAUGAUUUUGACUUCGCGUAAAGCGCUAAAAUAUUCAUAUAUUUGUGUACCCAUACUAAAUAUAUUGCGGGAACACAGAAAACUGAAAAAUGUAUUUUAAGCUUUUAAAGUCUUAAAAUACUCAAAUAAAAAUAAAGUUUCUUUUAUAAUAACCACACCACUAGUGAUUAGCUAUUAAUUAUUGAAUAAGCACAACCAACGAUUAAGAAAUGUACUAAUUCUGUUGCAGACAUAAAAUAUGCGAUAAUACUGAAGUCAGAAAGUAAAUCAUAAAUAUGCAUGUGUGCAUAUAAAGUUAUAUAAAAUAAUAAUACUUGUGUAAAACAUUAAUAGUAUGUAUAAUUAAAGUAGAAAAAAUACUUGCGAUUUAUAUUUAAAACAAAUAUUACAAAUACAAAAGAAAACAACAAAAUUUUGAAAACAUUCUCGAUGUUUAUGAUGUGUAUGGUGACAUUUUGUAAUCAACUCGAAGGACGAUUUCAACUAAUACACAAUAUAGUACAUAUUAUAUACAUACAUAUUAACGACAAAUGUUUUCAAGUAGCAAUACUCUUGAACGUAAGCAACUAAGGAAAUACAAACAAAAAGAGCUUUUAGAUUUUAAUAUUUUAACAAUAGAUUUUGUACUGUUUACACACUUAUAAAAUGUGUCCUGUACACAAUAAUUAUACAUACAUAUAUUCAAACAAACAACAU